AUGAUCACGGAGCUGGUGUGCACCGCCGUGGCUGUGGGUCUCUAUCUGAACACGCUGGACGCAGAUUUCUGCUACGAUGACAGCCGAGCCAUUAAGACCAACCAGGACCUUCUUCCUGAGACUCCGUGGACCAACAUCCUGUUUGACGACUUCUGGGGCACCCUGCUCACUCACAGCGGCAGCCACAAGUCCUACCGUCCACUCUGCACCCUCUCCUUCCGCCUCAACUACACCCUGCAUGCCCUGCGGCCCUGGGGCUACCACCUGCUGAACGUGGUGCUGCACGGCCUGGUCACCGCCCUCUUCACGGCCUUCAGUCGCCCGCUGCUCGGCGGAGGACUGUGGAGCCUGCUGGCCGGCCUUCUCUUCGCUUCUCAUCCGGUUCACACUGAAGCGGUCUCUGGCGUGGUUGGGAGGGCGGACGUUGGCGCUGCUUUGUUCUUUCUGCUGUCUCUUCUCUGCUAUGUGAGGCACUGUGGACUUCGCAGGGACCCACAUGGGGCUUUUCAGACCUGGCCAUGUGGGGGAAGCUCAGUCGGCUGGUGCUGGGGCUGGAUGCUGGGCAGCCUGUGGUGUGCAGCAGCCAGUAUGCUGUGGAAGGAGCAAGGGGUGACGGUGCUGGCCGUGUCGGCUGUUUACGACCUCUUCGUGUUCCAGAGACUCCGGUUGCGCCAGGCGCUUCUCCUCCUGCUAGGAAAGAAAAAGAACAUCAGUGUUUUGCUGAGUCUCGGCGUGCUGGCUUCCUGGGGAGUGAUUCUGCUGUCAGCUCGCUUCUAUUGGAUGGGGAAUAAGCCUCCCAACUUCUCCAACUCUGACAACCCUGCGGCUGACUCGCCACAUUUUCUCACUCGAACGCUAACGUUCCUCCACCUGCCGGUCGCCAACGCCUGGCUGCUGCUCUGCCCCGACAAGCUCAGUUUCGAUUGGUCCAUGGACGCUGUUCCCUUGGUCAGGUCCUUGGCCGACUGGAGGAACCUUCACACCUUUGCCUUUUAUGGUGGAUUUGUCCUCCUGAGUUUGUUUGGCCUCCGUGGCUCCACCUCCACGUCCAAGGAGACCAACGGGAAGGCCUAUGUCACUAAUGGGAAAUCAAUCACCAACGGGAAUGGUUACCAUGCACCUGACACAAACCAUAACACAGACCAGGGGCCGCCAAAGACCACUCUUAAUGGGUCAGCUGGACUCCACCACUGCCCUCCACGGACGUCCCUGCCCCCUACAGAAAACCUAGUACUAUUUUCAUUAGGGAUCGUCUCAUUGCCUUUCAUCCCAGCCACAAACCUGUUCUUCUAUGUAGGUUUUGUUAUUGCAGAGAGGGUACUAUACAUCCCCAGUAUAGGCUUUUGUUUACUGGUUGCUGUUGGUGCAAGACACUUGUAUGUCAGACUGAGGACUAGAGGCUGCAAGGCCUUAAUGUUGUGUCUCUGUGCGGGACUAGUGCUGCUGAAUGGACUCAGAACUGUUCAGAGAAACAGAGACUGGAGCAACGAGGAGAAUCUCUACAAGUCUGGGAUUAGUGUGAAUCCUGCUAAAGCCUGGGGAAACUUGGGGAACGUACUAAAGAACCAGGGCAAGAUGGCGGAGGCGGAGAAGGCAUACAGAAACGCACUGCACCACCGAGGGAACAUGGCCGACAUGCUGUAUAACCUUGGCUUGCUGCUGCAGGAGAAUGAGCGUUUUUCUGAAGCACUGCAUUACUACAAACUGGCCAUUGGGAGUCGGCCAACACUGGCAUCGGCCUACUUGAACACAGGAAUCAUACUGAUGAACCAAGGCAGCCUGGAUGAGGCCAAACGCACCUUUCUGACAUGUGCCGACAUUCCAGAUGAGAACUUGAAGGACCCCCACGCCCACAAGAGCUCCGUCACCAGCUGCCUGUACAACCUGGGAAAACUGCUCCAUGAACAGGGCCAGCAGGAGGAGGCCCUGUCUGUAUAUAAGGAGGCGGUACAGAAAAUGCCCCGACAGUUUGCACCACACAGCCUUUUCAACAUGAUGGGAGAGGCCUACAUGAGGCUGAACAGGCUGGAGGAAGCAGGUCACUGGUACAGAGAGUCCCUCAGGGCCAAGCCUGACCACAUCCCAGCCCACCUUACUUAUGGCAAACUCCUUUCCAUCAUUGGGCAGAAGACAGAAGCAGAGAAGUACUACCUGAGAGCUAUUCAAAUAGACCCGUCUAAAGGAAACUGCUACAUGCACUACGGCCAGUUCCUGCUGGAACAGUCUCGUCUUGGCGAGGCGGCGGAGAUGGCGGAGAGAGCUGCGGAGCUGGACAGCUCAGAGUUUGAUGUGGUCUUCAGUGCUGCCCACAUGCUCAGGCAGGCCAGUCUUAAUGAGGCAGCGGAGAGGCAGUAUGAGCGUGCAGCCAGCCUAAGACCAGAUUACCCGGCUGCUUUGAUGAACCUUGGUGCCAUCCUGCACCUGAACGGGAAACUUCCCGAAGCGGAGGCCAACUACCUGCGCGCACUGCACAUCAAACCCGAUGAUGUCAUUACCCAGUCCAACCUGCGGAAGCUGUGGAACAUCAUGGAGAGGCAGGGACUCCGGAUCAAGCGUGGGCUCGGGAUGCAGAACAGCAACCUUUGAACUGAGACAGAGUUGCUGCUCUGUUCCCUUCAUGAUGUGUCCUCCAGAAAGCGAAGCAGGACAGGAAGAGAAAGAGCUGGAGGCUAAAAGCUCUCUCUACAAGACAACAAAGACUCGUUCUUUAGAGAUGUGGCCCGUGAUGCUUGUUGAAGACAGUUUGAGGCUUGGCAUGUUUGGGAUUUAAGGGUGUAAGAGUUCUGCCCAAUAAAACGUCACCACCAGCACUGUUUGGUUGCUCAAAUAACUAAUGUUACAGUUAUUACAUUUUAUAAAGCAAUGCUCAAUGUCUUUAAAAGAUGCACUGAAAUCAAAGGUAAAUAAUUGCAAUGUCCAAAAGAUAAAAAGGUCUCAAAGAUCAGCUAAUUAUUAUUUCACUAUCAUUGAAAACUUUGGUAUGUUUUAAAGCACUUCAUUUGAAAAAGGAUGUAGAAAAAAGUAUUUAAAUAAUGUUUUCUUCAGUUGUCAGCACUGAUGUGUGAAUGAUGCCAGUUGGUUUGUGUUAAAGGUGACUCCAACGAUUUGGAACUGGGAGUUCAACUGCAUACGUGAAAAACCUUUUGUAAAAGAGAACUGAGCUAACCAGACCUCUGUAGCCCGCUCCUCACCUCUGCUUGAGGCUAGCGGCUUGAAGCUACAUUAGCUGCUACAAGCGUUGAGUUGCAUUGUGGGUAAUGAAGGCACCAGGUUUUGACAAGAAAGUAGAAUGUGCGAAAUAAAAGAAGACAAAAUCUCUGGUUCUGCUGCAUUUAUUUGAUCCUUUUUUUUUCUUUUAAACUGUCUAUUGUGAGUCCAACAAUGUCAUAGGAGUGCAAUGCUAAAUCAGUGGAGUACUCUUUUACAACAACGUGAUUAUUACCCUCAGGGUGCACUUGCUUUCUACGUUUACUCUUAACAUAGUAGAAGCAUAACAUUAAAAGCAUGCUAGUGCUAAGGCAUAUUCAGGUACCACCCUUGAAUACAGUGCUUUGUUAUAAGUUGCUCCAUCCAAUUAAAAUACCAGGUUAAAGCAUAAUGCAUAUAGCUCAUUUACAUUCUGUUGUCUUGAGUCACUGAAGAUUGUUUGCACCUGGUGCUCUGCCAAUUCUUGUGACUGUAAACAUGAAAACAGAUCAUGGGACAAAUUCCUCAGCGGUGCCAAAGCUUGUACUGAGUCUUUACGCCUCUCGUGCCAAGCAAAAACUGAAAUGUGUCGUGUUCCUUUGUGUCAAACGAAGAUGUUUCAUUUCCUGUGAUCCAAACUUAAUUUAUUAAUACAUGUUGUUUCGUGUGAAGAAGCCAACACUGUGCCGUCACUGUCACAGAAGCCCGCCCUCUCUGAUUUCUCCACAUAGAUCGGCUACAUUAUGCAACAUGAGAAUUGCAUUAAAAUGUUUUGUUUUUUUAAUGUGUAUUUUUUUUUCUUCUCUCUGUUUGGGGAUAUCAGGUUGUGGUUCCUUUGUGACACAGAGAGAGCUUCUUCAAGUGAUGUUAGGUGUUUUCUGAUGAUCGUGAUGUUUGGUUAAAUUAUAGAAAAUGUGUAGCUGGAUAUGUGUUGUGUUUUGUAAAGAAAAGUGAACU